AAAGCGCGCGGGAUGAAUGACGGGCUCGACGUUAAGCCGACCAAGUUAAAGUAGUAAUCCGGUGCAUCUCGUAGAGACUGGUAUGUUGCGCAGCACCCCGUUCCGCGACAUGUCACAGGUCCAGCUUCUCGUCCUUUCAACCUUCCUACUCGCCUGGUCAGCGUACGCGUAUCCGGAGGGCACAUUGCUUAAUGACAACGCGCGAGCGUCGAUCGUCGAGACGGUGUUAGAACGCGAACCAGCAACCUUCAAAUUGUACACCAGGGAAAACCCAUUUGGCGAGGAGCAAUUAUUCCUGAACAAUACAGAAGUGCUGUACGCGUCGCACUUUAACGAGAGCCGGCCGACCAAGUUCAUCGUUCAUGGAUUCAGCGAUACCGGAAACGAGGGCUGGAUACGUGAUCUAAUAGACGCGUAUCUGCUUUAUCAGGAUGUGAACGUGAUAGUCGUCGGUUGGGGAAUCUUGGCAUCCGACACCUAUCCGGUGGCGGCUAAGAACACGCGUCUAGUUGGUGAGUACUUAGGUCAAUUCUUGGAUUUUUUGAAUCGGGAUUCGAACCUGGAGUAUAAGGAUGUGCACAUCAGUGGUCAUAGCCUGGGCUCUUAUGUGGCGGGCUUUGCCGGAGCUUAUCACGACGGACGUAUUGGGAGAAUAACAGGACUAGAUCCUGCGAGUCCUCUGUUCGAGACUAUCUCUGGUGUCGUCGAUCCAGAAUACCGGUUGGAUCCAACCGACGCUCAAUUCGUUGAUGUCAUUCAUACCAGCGGACCAGUAUUUGGAUUCUUGGCGCCGUUGGGACACGCUGAUUUUUAUCCUAAUAACGGCAAGAUCCCGCAACCUGGAUGUUCUUUCGUACCAACGAUAACUUAUUGCAGCCAUUCCAGAGCGCAUCAGCUUAUGACCGAGAGCAUCGGCAGUACGGUAGGCUUCAAGGCGAAGAUGUGCGAGAGUUGGGAAAAAUACAAGGAGCGACUCUGCGAUUACAAUCCGGUUGUUAUGAUGGGCGAAUACGCCUCUACCUCGUUACGUGGCAAAUUUUAUCUAUCGACCAACGACGCUCCUCCUUUUGCGCUACAGUAAACGAUAUGAAUAUCGAUCUUGACGAAUUUUUGUUAGAAUUGAGAAUUUGCUAAUUAACUCACGGUUACAGCUCGAGCGGUAAUAGCGCAAUAAUCUGUACUAGUCAUUGAUAAGUUACUUUAUUUAUAAUGCGCUUCGAUUCUGAAUGCGUACAUCGAACGUACAUCGUAUCAGAAUGUAUCCUUAAUAUACGUAAUGCUACAUUAGAAAGAGUACAAAUUAUAUUAAUUGAAA